AGCGGCUAACUCUCACCGUCUGAAAGCCACAUAGACCUACUUACAACAGGGCAAUUCUGUUGAGGCUUUGGUGGUAUCACUGGCAGGAGUGAAAGGGUGUAAAUCUGCGCAACAAUCCGCUAGGUACGGCCUACUGCCAGUAAUAAUGGUGCGGACAACCAACAACGACGAGGCGGAAGAUAAGAAAGAGACUACUAGAAAGAAGGCUUCAGCAGCCAAGAACAUGAAGAAGCCACUGCCCACAAUUGGUAUUUGGCCUUGCAAGAUGAACGGAUGUACGAAGCAGUUUGCUCGGGAAGCCGAUCUGAAACGACAUCAGCGUACAACGAAGCUGCAUUCUAUGCCUAGUUUUGCUUGUCCUCAAUGUGAUGCGACGUUUACACGAACGGAUGCUCUGAGAAGGCAUCAGAAAUCAAGACAUAACGGGGCGGCAGAACCUCUUGAAUUAGGAAAAGAAACAGACGAACCUGGUCAAUCAUCUUCGAGAAGUAGCAGCGCGACUCCAUCUUCAAAGGGAAAGGAAAGAGAGAAUAGCGUUGUUCCUAUGGUCCCAAUGACUGAGGCGAUUGGAAGUGCAUCGACAUCCAGUUUGGCUACACCUGUCACCAGUUAUUACCGACAGCACACCGCCAAUAACAGCAAUUACGCUCCUCCCCGUCCCGCGCAUUACGCUCAAGUUAACCUACCGAUAUCUGACGGACGCCCGAAUUCUAAUGGGUGGAGCCAUCCACCCCCGUGGUCAGAUGGCCAAGGUCAUUCAUCCCCCACCGCGAUGCCAUAUAUGUACAUCGCAUCUCCCUACUACAGGACGAAUGCUGCUGUGAUGGUAGCACCACCGUUAUUAACCCCAGUCAGUCAAACACCGGGCCCUUCUGCGUUCUCCAAUUCACCUCAUUCAAGAAAAGCCGGCGAUUACAACACUUCUCCUGACAGUCCGGGGUCCAGUUCCAGUUCUUUGAUGGCGGAUAUCGAAGCCAAUGACGUUUUUCCUCCGAUAUCUUCCCACCAUUCCAACAUUGAUCCUUCGCCAUCACAAACCUCUUCCGCGCAAAGUUUCGAUCAAAUUCUUUCCAAGGCUGGUAUGGAGGCAGUCUCGUGUGAAGAACCGAAUCACCGAGGAUCAGGCAUGGACGAGUUCGCAACGAGAGUCGGGACGAGUCACGACUUUGCCCAAACGAAAGACCCACCCAAGUCGAUACCUCAAGAUCUGGAUGAAACACAUCUCCCGAGCCUCGAAAUUGACGACGAUCAGGAAGAGCAAUUUCGUCGCCGACUGAUAGAGCAUGGCUAUGAACCUAGGAUUGCACGCCCUGCACCGAUGGAGCAUAUGUUGACGGACGAUGGAGAACCGAUGUUAAAUCCUGCGGAACUGCUUACACAGGCAGGGAAACUUCUCCUCUAGACGCAGGGCAAAUGACUAACGCGCCGUUUCUAGGAAUCGCUAGCCUCCCCAGAGCCAUCAUGACAUUUCACGACAGAUAGUCUGUCUUUCCUCUGCGACCUCCAUAACAUUCAUCUAUUCUUUUCGAUCAAGCUACGGCCCGUACUUAUCGUUAUUGCCGCAUCGUUCCCAUUACACCUGCAAGAUCUCCGUUUCCCGUUCAUCUUUCCCUUCCGACCUCGACCUGUAUGACCAAAUGUAAGGUGCGGUUCACUUGCCUUAUUUAUACGUCGUGCUAAGCCAAUGCUAAAACCGUACUUCAAUCGAUUGGACACUGUACCCUUCAGAAAGCUCCUUAGACAAACAUCCUAUCUGCAAAUUGUCUGACUGCGACACGUAUUGUAGCAUGUAAGCUGGGUUUUCCUUUAGCCUACCGUGUAAUCUAUCUGCGCUUGAAUGGAUACCAUGCCGAUGAC